ACUCCAUCAUUUCCCCCAACAACAUUCUCUCCCCAAAAAAAAAAUAAAAAAUUGUAAGAGUUUUUUAGGUGUCAUUUGAGAUGGCUUCAAAGGCUCUCCUCCUCCUCUCCCUCAACCUCCUCUUCUUCACUCUGGUGAGUUCUAAUUAUGUCCCAUGCCCACCACCACCACCAAAAACUCCCAAGCAACACCACAAGCCCCCAUCUCCGCCCGCUAAGGCCACUUGUCCUAGAGACACCCUAAAGUUGGCUGUUUGUGCUAACUUGCUUAAUGAUUUGGUGCACCUUGUCAUUGGAACCCCACCCAAGACUCCAUGCUGCACCCUCAUUCAGGGUCUCGCUGAUCUUGAGGCUGCUGUUUGCCUUUGCACCGCCAUUAAAGCUAAUGUGUUGGGAAUUAACCUCAAUGUUCCUAUUUCAUUGAGCUUGCUGCUGAAUUACUGUGGAAAGAAUGUCCCAAGUGGCUUCCAAUGUGCUUAAUUAAAGUUUUUGUAUUGAUCUCAUAAUUAUAUCUCUUCCUCGUAAACUCUUCCAGUGUGUUGUUGUAUGAGGAACGAUCAUAUGGGUAAUCGUUUGAGAUGUUACAACUUGAUUUAUAUGUCCACCAUAUUGUUAUUGUUGUAUCCUUGUUCAUGAAGGAGAAAAUAAUUAAGGGUUGCAGGCUUUCAACAUCAAUAAAAUGCGAUUAUUGAUUCUUGUUA